AUGGCGGCUCCUGUUGAGAAGAAGCGUGGUUUAGAACAUUUAGACGAAUAUGAGCCAAAACCGGCGAAAUACCUCCGCAGUCUGCACGACCGUAUGGCAGAGAGGAGGCUGGUGGUGAUCCUGGAGGGAGCCUCGUUAGAGACCGUGAAGGUUGGAAAAAGCUUCGAGUUGUUGAACUGUGAUCAGCACAAAAAUAUCAUCAUCAAAAGUGGGAGAGACCCGGGACACAUAAGACCGGAUAUCACACACCAGUGUCUCCUCAUGUUGAUGGACAGUCCACUGAACAGAGCAGGUCUGCUGCAGGUCUACGUCCACACAGAGAAAAACGCCUUAAUAGAGAUCAACCCACAGACCCGCAUCCCCAGGACCUUCCCCCGCUUCUGUGGCCUCAUGGUCCAGCUGCUGCACAAGCUGAGCGUCAGAGCCGCUGACGGACCACAGAAGCUUCUGAGGAUGAUUAAAAACCCGGUGACGAACCACCUGCCUCCUGGUUGCCCCCGCAUUGGCACCUCCUUCACCUCAGGGGAGGCCGUCUGCCCCCGCACACUGGUGCCAGACGGACCGGCCGCCGUGGUGAUCGGAGCAUUUGCACACGGAGCGAUUAACGUGGACUACACAGAGAAAACGGUGUCGAUCAGUAACUACCCGCUCUCUGGAGCACUCACCUGUGCCAAGAUUUGCUCGGCCUUUGAGGAGGUGUGGGGCGUCCUCUGACCCACCCCCGCCCCCCGUAUUGACACUGUAUUUGCAGCAUCGACUUUACUCUUUGUACCAAAUCUUCUUCGUGAGUGAUUUUGAGCCACAGCUAGUCAGUGACAUCACUUCCUGGAGCUGUGUUUCCUGAUGUUAUUUCAUUUCUUUUGUCUGUGUUGUUGGAAUUAGUGGAGGAAAUCUGAAAACCUUACAAAAUAUAUUUUCUACCACA